AUGGAUAGAAUUCUAAUUAUACAAAUGCUUCAUAAUAAGGCUAUGGAGCAAAGGAUAAGAACCGAAUUUAACGUCUUUUUUGCCGAAGAAGCGGGAUUUCGUGAGCUUAUUGGUUUGGAACAGGAGUUUAAAUGGGAUGAGAUUAUCAAUUGGGCUGAGAUAGAAGCAUAUCAAGUGAAACUAGCUUUUAUUGAUCAGGAAAAACUAAACCAUUUUUGCUCCAAUGUAAUGAGCUCUUUUGGUAUUGAAAAACUAGUAGAAAAGGAAAUGGCGUUGCAUUCUUCAAUAAUGGCUCUUCAAAAACGACUGAAUCGAGCCGAGGGCUGGUUGAAGGUCUCCAAUUCCGGAUCUGGUGAAGUUGUUCAAGAGAAGGUGCGGAGCUGGAAUGAUGAGAAAGAGGCUCUUGAACUCCAGAUGGAACAAUUACGCAUUCGAAUAAAAAGGCUGAAUGAGGGACCUGAUGCUGUGGCGCCAACCUCGUUACAGAGAAGCUGGGAGAUGGAUCUAAACAAAAGCCGGGCUGAAAAACCUACAGAGGGCAUUCAUAUAUCCCAUUUAACAGAAAGGACGAAAGAAGCUCUUUCCAGGGUUCGGGAUCUGCUCUUGUGA